AUGGUCAAUAAUUUGGGUUUGAUGUUGAGGCAGUUACUGCAGAAAAGAGUUCCCGUAAACUAUUGUAUCGAUAAAAAAGAAAUGCAGAGACCUUUAGCUGAAGGCACAGUUGGUGGUUCGGAAUCUGUGCCGGUGAAUUUAUCCAAUUUUCAUAGCCGUUUGCCAACGGUUGAAAUAUUCAAGCAACGUUUUGAUGGCACACUUUUUGAAGAGCUCCCAAUUGUGCAUGUUAAAGCAUCAAGAAAUAAUACGCUAAUUACUGUGACCGAUCAUAAAUAUAAUAUUAUCACCUACACUUCUUGUCGCCUGGAAGGAUUUAAAAAUGCGAGAAAGAAGACUAAUAUUGCUGGACAAACAACGGGCGUUGCAGCUGGACAACGAUUAAUCAGGCGAGGAAUCCGAACAGUUCGUGUCCUGGUUCGAGGACUUGGACCAGGUCGAAUGACUUCAAUACAAGGUAUGGCAACUGCAGGCGUUAAAAUUAUUUCUAUAACUGAAAAUUCGCCCCUUCCUGAAUUAGGACCAAGACCGAAAAAAAUUCCUAGGAUUUGA